UCCGCGAGUUAGUUUAGCAGUGCGAACAGCGGCUUCACUACAGACAUGAGUCAGAGUGUAAACACUGCAGGUUCUCUUCUAUUACCAAUAAACCUGCUAUUCAUGGACAUUUAGACAGGAGAAUUUUGUGCAAAUUAAACGGAAACCAUGAGUACCGUAUUCUGCUGUAUUUUGGUUGUGUUAGUCUCGGUGGCUCUUUGCGUGGACUUUGAAGAGAGACCCAGACGCUUUAGCCGUGAGCAACCCAUGUUUCGAAAGAGUCACAAAUCACGAAAUUUGCUCAGUUUGAGAGAUUUACAGCAGCCGGAUCAUGUCAGGAUGAAAAGGAGUGAAGAAUCCGCACAAAAUCAAUGUGAAUCACUGCACGGCUUUGAUUCUACGUUAAAAAACAACACUCAUACGUAUAACUUCAAUGACCUGAGUGGCUCGGUGUCUCUGGCCUGGGUUGGAGACGAUACAGGGGUGCUACUGGUGCUCACCACGUUCCAGGUUCCUCUUUUUAUCAUGCGGUUUGGUCAGUCCAGACUGUACAGAAGUGAAGACUAUGGAAAGACAUUCCAGGACAUCACCGACCUCAUUAACAACACUUUCAUACAGACAGAGUUUGGCAUCGCAAUUGGUCCUGACAAUUCUGGGAAGGUGAUCCUCACAGGCGAUCUGACGGAGGGGAGAGUCACCAAAAUUUUCCGUUCAGUUGAUUUCGGCAACAGCUUUGUGACCUCUGAGCUUCCCUUCCAUCCAUUAAUGCAGAUCACAUACAACCCCAGAGACAGCAACAUACUCAUGGUCUACAGCAUCAAUUAUGACUUAUGGCUGUCCGAGGACUUCGGGGGCAGUUGGAGGAAGAUCCACGAGGCUGUUUGUCUUGUGAAAUGGGGAAUUGAUGACACCAUUUUCUUAACUACAAAUCCCAAUGGAUCCUGCAGUGACCGGGGAACCUUGGAAUUGAGAAAAUCAUUAGACUAUGGCAGGACAUUUAAAACUAUUGGGAGCAGGAUUUAUUCCUUCGGCUUGGGUGGACGCUUUGUUUUUGCCUCUGUCAUGACUGACUCGGGUUCCACACGCAUGAUUCAUGUCUCAGUAGAUCAGGGGGAGACGUGGGACAUGGCUCAGCUUCCCACCGUUGGCCAUGAACAGUUCUACUCCAUUCUAGCCGCAAACAAUGAUAUGGUCUUCAUGCACGUAGAUGAACCUGGAGACUCAGGUGUUGGUACCAUAUAUGUGUCUGAUGACCGAGGUACAGUGUUUUCCAAGUCUCUGGAACGCCAUUUGUAUACCACUACAGGCGGAGACACUGACUUCACCAACAUCACCUCUCUGAGGGGCGUCUAUUUGACCAGUGUGCUCGCCGUGGAUGGCUCUGUACAGACAGUGAUCACAUUCAAUCAAGGUGGAGGGUGGCGACCUCUGCAGAAGCCCUGGAACGGAGUGUGUGACUCCACAACCGAGCACCCAGACAAAUGUAGUCUGCAUAUUCACGCAUCCUACAGCAUCUCUAUGAAACUGAACGUGCCCUUGCCACCCCUCUCGGAGCCCAAUGCAGUGGGACUCAUCCUGGCACACGGGAGUGUGGGAGGCGCAGUUUCUGUGCUUUCUCCUGACGUGUACGUGUCGGAUGACGGGGGUUACACAUGGUUUCAGGCAUUAAAAGGCCCCCAUCACUACGCCAUACUGGAUUCAGGAGGACUCCUGAUAGCGGUGGAGCACAACCCCUCACACCCCAUAUCACAGAUCAAAUUUUCCACUGAUGAAGGUCAGUGUUGGCAUGUGUAUAAUUUCACCAGUGACCCAAUAUACUUCACUGGCCUGGCAUCAGAACCCGGUGCCCGCUCCAUGAACGUCAGCCUGUGGGGCUACAGAGAAACCGUCCGGAAUCAGUACUGGGUUUCUGUCACUGUCGACUUCAGGCUGUUGCUCUCUAGAGACUGCCAGGAUAAUGACUACAUUGAGUGGCUCGCUCACUCAAGCAAUAAUAGCAACCCCACUGACGGAUGCAUACUGGGAUACAAGGAAAGGUUCUUACGGUUGAGAAAGGACUCAGUCUGUUGGAACGGCCGGGAUUACAUGGUGACCAAGGAGCCCACAACAUGUUCCUGCACCCUAACUGACUUUCAGUGUGACUUUGGGUUCUACCAUGCGGAAAACAGCUCUGUGUGUGUGGAGCAGCCUGACCUUAUUGGCCAUUCACUGGAGUUCUGCCUCCACGGGCGCAAAGAGCAGCUUCAGACCAGCGGUUAUCGGAAAAUUCCCGGGGACCACUGUGAAGGAGGAAUAAUUCCAGAACGAAAAGAGAUCGAUCUGAGUAAGAAAUGCGUCAGUAACUUGCUGAGGUCAGAGCUACCGACAGGGGAACAUUCAUUCAAUUCAGCUCCUAUAAUCGCUGUGGUCAUCGCUGUUCUGUUGAUCAGUGCCGUUGCUGGGGUUAUUUUCAUCAAAAAAUAUGUCUGUGGAGGAAGGUUUCUGGUGCACAGGUAUUCUGUAUUACAGCAGCACGCUGAAGCUAACGGUAUCGAUGGUGUGGAUGACCUGGACACACUGGAGGUUGGCAAGACGCACUAUCAUGAUGAUUCAGAUGAGGACCUUCUAGAGUGACGGACACAUGGAUAAUCAUAAAACUUUAUCAAAUUAAGUCAAGAGAAAAACCACAAUGCCUACCCUUCCCAUGACCCUCCAUAUGUGUGUAUCUGCAUUCCAGCAUCGGAUAAUGACACACAUUCUGCCUAAUCAAUUUGUUUUUGGCUUGUUGGGGAAAAAUAUUCAGCGUUCAGACCAGCAAGACUUGACUACAAGGACAGGAAGAGAGAAAACAUGCAUUUUCCCAAAAGCUUCUCCCAAUCUUUCUGAUCCAUUGCUGAAAGAGAGAGGAUUCGAUGCGAUUUUGUUGCCAUAUAUUUCAAAUUUAUGCAAGUUGACACACAUACAACAGACUUAUGUACAGUAAGUGCUUAUUUUUCAUUGCUGGUUUCCUGCAUCAGGUAUUUAACUUCACCAAAGGAUUUUCAGCUUUUUUUCUUUAUUUUGUGUAUUUGAAGUCUCCUUGAAGAAGUCUGUUUUUUUUUCUUUUUAAAUUUAGUGUAAAAAUAGAAGUAUCUUCGGAAAAUAGCCUGCUCAUUAAUUCCAGAGUUAUUAUGUGAGCAAAUUCAGAUGACAGAUAUAUUUAGAUGAACAUCGAGACUUGUUUUUUAGACUUCAUUAUACUAACAACCUGGAGAUUACAGUUUGGAUCUUUGAGAAACUAGUUUAGCCAAACUUAAAUCAAAUCUCACUUUGGCAUAUGUGAUUCCCUGAAAUUGCUAUGUGCUUAGAUCUACUUUGCAUAUCUUCUAUGCACGAAUAAUUAUAAAUUCUUUCGUUUUGGUAUUACCAAUGCUAUUCUCUGUUUGGUACAGUGUCAUCUGAUGCAAGGAAAUAUUUAAGAAACAGCACAUUGCGUGGUUUUCAAUCAUCUUAAUAUAUACAUACUUAAUACAAGUGUCAUAGAGAAACAAUAAGUGCAUUAAACUUAAUAGUCUGAUUACUUGCUGCUAAUUCAGCAAUAGUUAUAUAUUCAAUAACCAGACAAAAUCUAUGACAUAAAAAAACAGCAACUCAUCCUUCAUUGGGAGGUCGACAAUAUUAACUGCAUCUAAUUAGCAGCCUAAUCAAAUAUGAAAAUGUAUAUUUUUGGACUUUAUUGACUGUCAACUCAUAAAUAAGCUAAUUUGUAGUCUGUAAGCUGAUUAAGUUUUUUUGUUUUUUUUUGUUGCACAGAUAAUAAAAAUAGAUACCUCAGGGGUUAUAGAUAACAGUGGACCACGCAUUUCGUUGAUGGGUUUGCAUGUCCUCAAGUUUGAGAUGAAAAUGGCUUUUCUUAAGUCAAAGUGUAAAAUGCUGUACCAUUAAAUGUGACUGCCAAGAACAAUAAAAAUACAUCUUUUUUGAAGUCCACUCUUAUUGACUUGAACCAAAUGGGUUAAUUGACCCUGAUGCACCAAGGUGAACUGACUUCACAAAGACUUUUGUUUUGUGUUCACAAAAUGUUUUGUGUCUCUUUUAUUAAAACAGCUUUUUUUUUUUUUCUUGUACAAGGGUACAUAAACAUCCUUAAAGUUGGAUAUUGUACAGCCUGUGACUAAUGUUUUCUACUUUGCAUUGUACUGAGAAACAUAUAGUCAAUAAACAGCAGUUGGCUAAUGUCAUUCAGGACAGCAUUUGUAUUUUCAAUUGUGUAAAUAGAACGAAAGCUGCAUAUAUUUCAUGUGCAGAAUAAAAUCUGAAUGUAAA